GUUCACCCACUCGAGUUACCAACCGAAUCAGGAGAAGUUGCUACAUGGCACUGGAAUUCUACCGAAUUCUUCAGAUUGUUAUAUAUAUUCCGAAACUUUCAAAUUAUUACCACAUUCGUUGGGCCUAACCGCUGUUGGUUUGAACAAAGCUCACCUGAUCCUACCAAGCAUUGGCAAUAUACUAAAAACAUAUGAACAAGCCCUGUUGCAGGAACACUCUAACGAUCUAACAACACUACAGACAACGGAAACAGUUAUCCAACGUGCUACAGGACGAGUCGCCAGACCUGGACUAGAUGUGGUUGAAAUCUCUCGUACUUUACAAUCUAUCACACCUGGAGACACCAAUCACAUCUUACCUUGGCUUAUUGGAAUAAUAAUAGCACUCGCUUUACUUUUGUUAAUAUGUGUUAUUCACACUAAGAACACUGAAGGAAUGCGGUGGAGUAAUUGGGAACGAAUGUGGAACCUACAUUCAACUCCCAAACCUGAAGCAGUGCCGAUGCCAAAGCGGGACUAACGUAGCUGCAACGGAACCAGAAACGGAAGGUAUAAAUAAACCACUUACGCCGUAUGUUCGCCGUGGUAGACUGGCAGCGGAGGUGUAAUCCCUGAAGGUGGAGGGCUGUCAAGGAUCGCUUCAAUCACCUUCAGAUCCGCCUACACCUGUUCGAGCCGAGAACGAAGGAGGAAACGUCGGGCACUCGCAAGCAUGGAAUACCCUGAGGGACCAGCCCGAGUACCGUCACUACCUUCAGCCACCGAAAUACUUAAUGAUUACUCAUUACAUAAAAUGCAUUAAUAUAGUUGAACUGUGGUUAAAGCCAUGACUUCCACAGGAAACCACAUAUAAUCUUAUUUCCUUUUGUUUUUAUAUGUACUCAAUUAGUAUGUGUUAAAAAAAUGUGCGUAUAUCGCUACAUUUUUAGUAAAGGUAGAUGUUAUGAGCACGCCUGCACACACAUAUAUAUGUAUGCACACCUACACAUUCACCUGCUUACAUUUCUUUUUGAUUUACAUAUUAAGUACUGAUUAUUUGAUAUUUCUUUACUGCAUUUAGUUUUCUUGUUGUUACAUAUUGUAUGAGUUGUCAUCUCUUGAUGCAAGAACCGGUAACGUUGCGGUCAGCUGCAACCACAAGUUGCAUCCUGUAAGACAAGCCCACCGGAGUUCCAGUUAUUAAAAACAAUCGGAUGUUGGGAAACAAAGGCGUACGUGUCUUGGAGGCACGUGUUGUCAUUUUGGGGAAUAUAACGGAAAUGAUGUAAAGAUGACACCAAUCAGUCACCUUUUAUAGAGUUCAUUUUGAAAUUAGGGCGUCAUCAGCUAAUAGAGAGUCACGUAACAAAUAUUACUUAACAUGUGAUGCUGAGUGGAAACACGUAUUUAAACGGAGACGUUUCGGAAGUUAAACACUCUUCAGUGUGCACAGACUGUGAUUUAACGGAACCUUGUCCAGAGGGGAGGCCGUCGGGUUAGUCCGAGCAUUUGACUAACAUGGGACUUCGCAGUAUCGAACAGAUAUGGGUGUUUCUACUGGCAUACUCAUGUAAGUAGAGAACUAGACAAUUUUACAAGCCACGCAUUGUUAGCGCAGAAUACAGUACAGAAAGUGACUGGUUAAAUGUUGGAUAGUCGAAAGAUUGGUAGUUACAAGUGUGCUUCAUAUUCAAUUUCUUUUGUAUUAAUUUCUUGUGUCGAACUAAUUUUUUGAAAUAUAUUUACGUCAACCAGUGUUGAGAUUGACUGUUAUAACUUUAGUAAGAAGUUACAUAUGGGUUAGGUGGGGAUAGGUACCUUUCCUUAUUCCCUUCCUACGGCCAUAACAAUGGCAAGGGCAGGGCCUAUGGCUCCGUGGGGGAUGGUGUCGAAGGCUUUGGAUAUGUCGAGCUGUAUACUGUAAACGUCCAGACAUUAGGGUCCUGUGGCGAGCUGGUUGGAAUUCUUUAAAACAAAGAGUCAUUUGUGUUAAGUGAGAGAGCAGGCGGGGGACUCAUUGGUGGUCUCUCGGGGGAGUGAGCCAGCAAGGCAGUCGUGGAGAGUAUUUUGACAGAAGAAGGUUAAAACUUUUAUAAGCUUGUGUUUCAAAGAAAUUAUAUAAUAAAGGUACAAUUAGAUUCACAGUCAAUUACCAUCUCAUCAUUGCACGUUCGACCCCCGUUAACGACCCUGAGUCCCUAGCUAGCUGGAGCAAGAAACGAAGAAGGUGGAUGGUUAUAGUAAAUGGCGCAUCAACGUGGAGCGCGAUAUUGAUCAAAAUUAACGUUGAGAUUACGAAAGUGAACAAGACGAACGGAGCGGGGAGUAACAUCAUUCCACCCGGAACUAGUUCGACGGAGCGGAACGAGAAAAUGGCUGCAAAAAGGACUCUCCGAAGUGGUAAGAUAGUGAAAUAGACGUAGAAGCAAGUGAAUUAGAUAUAGACGUACCACGUGGUCAGCUUAUAGACACAGAAGCAGAAAGCCGAGUGACUGAAGAAAACCAGGUAGAUAAUAGUGUGGCGACCACAAAUAAUGAUCAACUAACCAUAAUCCUGAAUAUGUUGUCCGAAAUGAAGAAAGAAUUCCAGGAAUUUAGGAAAGAAAAUCAAGAAAGUAGGAAAGAAUUACAGGAAUUUAAGAAAGAAAUUAAGACAGAUAUUGCUAAGAUAGAUGAGAAAUUAGAAAAUAAAUUAGAAGAAACUAAGGAGGAAAUUAUGAAUGUUAGGAGAGAAAUGUUAACGUCAAUACGUAAAGCUUCUGAAGAACUAGAAUAAAGAUUAAAUGAACGAGUUAGUCGUGUAAGCAACGAUUUAGAUUCUUUGUCAAAGAAGACUGACAACCAAGUUCAAACAUUAGCUGAGGCAAUUCGAUUAAACAAAGAUAGUUACGAUGCUGGUAUCAAUAUCAUAAGUCAAGAGGUUAUGGUUUUCCAAAGCCAAGUUGUGGAGAAACAAGAAAUUGCCUAAAGUGGUUUGAAAUCCAUGCAAAAUGAAAUUGAAAAUAUGAAAGAGAUAAAGCGCAUAUCAGAAAUGGAGAGUAAGAAUGAAAUUCAACAAUUGAAACGCAAAAUGGGUCAACUUGAAGGACGCAUGGAAGAGUUGUGGCAAAGAAACAAUGAAAUUACUAACAUGAAUGAUUCUGUUGACGUUGAUGUUGCUAGAUCAAGUCGUCAUGCAAAUUUUAAAGUGCUAAUCGGUCCUGUGCCUGUUGCAAAAGUUGUGAUAGCUUUUUGUUGAUUUAGCGAUACCGACCUUUGAAAAUUUGCCGGGGCAGAACGCGAAAGCCCAUUUAGAAUCCUUUAUUGUCUAUAUUAAGUUAAAGAAUAUUCCUCCUCAUUUGCAAUUGUUUACCGCGGUUAAAUAUUUGAAAGGAAAUUCUGUGACGACGCGGGCUUCUGGAAUGUCGAGAAAUAUAAGCAGUUUCAAAGAAUUUGAAGAAGCAUUUUUAUUACAAUAUUGGAAUGUGUCGUGCCAAUCAAAGGCCAGCGUUUCUCUUUAUCAGGACCGGUACGUUAAGGGAAACCGAAUGAGUUAUGUCGACCACUUAAUGAAAUACGCGGUCAAAGCUAAAUAUUUAGAUCACCCCAUGACUGACACUGAAAUAUUAGAAUCCAUCAAUCAGACGUUCCUGCACCGUACCCCCACCAUGGGAAGCCAGCAAGCGGUGAUCCACCACAAGUGCCAGCCCAUGAUCUUCCGGGAAUAUGUGUGUAAGUAAAGAAAUUAAAAUGACGAAUUGUUGCUGUAAUCACUGAAUUGGAUUGUUGCAGGCUGUUGACUGGUGGAGCUUUGGUAUAUUGGCGUAUAAUAUGAUAGUGGGGUUGACACCCUUUCAAAAACGUGGAGAAAUAUGCAAGGAUUGUCUGUACGAGUAAGUACUUUGCCUGCCUGAGUGUUUUCUCUCGUCCAGCAAUGUAAGCGGGCUCUCUGCGCUUGUCCCUAAUCUGCUUAACGGUCUGUGAUCUAAUAAUCUCCGCCAUACGCAUCGCGAUGCGCGGGACAUCCCUCAAAGACUGUUCAAGAUCCAGCAUUGCCUCGAUUUUUACUAGUUAGUUUUAAAACUUGAAUUCUUUAAAGAACAAUGGACUGGCUGCUCAGCCUGGUGGGAAUAUCAGUGGUGUUGUUUUGGUUCCCACCACAUCCAUGCUAUAAAUAAAAUAAUAGUACUAUUUCAAGACUUAUUUCAUUGCUACUACAAGAGGUCAGUAAAGUGUUUUACAAACUGUAAAUCAUGGCGAACAGGGCUUUGAGAAACCGAGUAGUUGAACUAGAUGAUGGUUCAGGUUACGAAGAUAGUGACGCUAACAGACCAGAGUAUGAACAUAGACACGCUAUAGCGAAAAGAGAGGUCAGCAAAUUGCAAACAGAAAGUUUGGACAGAUACACCAGUAAUAUAGAAUAUGUAAGAUUUGAGGUUUUCACAGUCGAGAUUCGAAGCUCUUCGCAUCACGAAAGCAAAACGUCUCUGCUCCCUCUCCUUCCUACUACGAUGCAGGGACCAAGGGACCGUCCCGCACUUUCUGCAAUUUCAUCACCAUAUCCAUUCCGAGGCCGCCAAGAGGAGCUAUCGGAGGACGAGCUUCUGCCUACUACGGGAGUGUAUACACCACACGCGGCGCGAGUUGGAUGCGAUCUCCCGGGACCUGUUGGACAUGCACCUCCGCCUCGCUGCGGAGCUGUCCACCGCGGACUGGGCCCUCAUCGACCGCACCACCUUCGAGAGGGCUUCACGUGCUGCAGCUGACGACAAAGUCAGGCAGUGCCACGAGUUCCAACGACUGCAUGGAGCUCAGCAUGCAGGCCCGCGGACCGACACCAAGAAAGCGGUAGUUAACCUAAGCGGUAGGCCACUGGAGGAUGCUGCCUACGCAGCCCUGGGCAAGGGCCUGAACUAUUCAGUGGCCCCUACGGUGUUGCCCAUCGAGGAUUUCCUGAGCGGUGUUAAGAGAGCUGUUCGCUCCCUACCUGUGGAAGCGGCCGAGGAGGUCCGGCAAGAGACCGUUCGUAUCCUAAGAGCCUCCAAGAAGCCGAAAGACAAUCUGUCAGGAGCUGAGAGGAGAGCUCUCCGAGCCCUGCGAAAUAACGCGGACCUCACGGUCCUUCCGGCUGACAAGGGCAGCGCGACGGUUGUCCUUAGCACUGACGAUUACAACAGGAAGAUCCGAGCCCUUCUGGAAGCCCCGACGUACAGGUUACUGCCCAAGGACCCUAAGGAAGCCGUAGAACGGAAGACCACCCGACUUCUCAAGAAGUCACCACUUCCAGAGGAGGUCAUCCAACAGCUACGCCCCCACGGUUCGAGGCCCCCUAGACUGUAUGGGCUACCUAAGAUCCACAAGGAAGGAGCUCCUCUCAGGCCCAUCGCUGUUGACUGGUGGAGCUUUGGUAUAUUGGCGUAUAAUAUGAUAGUGGGGUUGACACCCUUUCAAAAACGUGGAGAAAUAUGCAAGGAUUGUCUGUACGAGCGAAUUCUCACUCGGGAACCGAAAAUGUAUCCAGUUUUCAUCAGAUCUUAUGAGCAGACUGUUACAGAAAGAUCCCGAGAAACGGUUGGGUGCGGGAAAGAAGGUGCUCUGGAGAUCAAGAAGCAUCCUUUCUUUAAUGUGAGUUCUUCCUCAUAUCUGUUUUCACAGUAGAGUAUUUGUUGAUGUUUUAGGCCUCAACUGGGUUUUUUUUGCAUUGAAUGUAAUAAGAAAAUCAAUCACAGCGUGAGCACACGUUUUUGAGAGUUUUGAAGCUGUUCUAGAUUCUUUUCUUUUCUUUUAAAAAUUGUAAUUGCAAAGUGUUAUUUACAUCCACAGCAGAACCUGUGUGUUAAGAAAUGUCAUAACACAUUCAGGAAUUACAUAGUAGCAUCACAAUUAAGUUUUAAGAAGACAUGCAUAAUAUAUUGUCAUAUCCUGUCAAUGUAAGCCUUAAAUUUGCCAAGUACUUAUUAAAAUCCUUGUGGUAUGAUGAGUUCUCCUCAGACAUCCUCCAAGUAAAUGCAGCAUCGGAAAUAACAACGAACAAAUCAUGCAAGAGAUUUCAUUUCAAAAUUCUCGUACAAUUCAAGUGUCUUUUAAACUGACAUUUGUUUUGCUGCAGAGAGUGGCGCAGAAGAGACGACAUGAACAAAGUGACAGUACUACUCCACGUUCACACAAAACGCACCUUUAAUUUUCCUGAACAAUUAUUUAUUUAAUUUCAUAAGCAAUGUACUUAUGCUGCCUGUUUCCCACACUUGCACGAUUUCAAAUGUGCCCAGAUAAUGAAAUUCCGUGUUGCUGUUGGUCUUGUGACUCGUAAAGCAAACUGACAUUUAAGUAAUGCCAACAUUUUGGAGGAACAUACUGCUUCAGUCAUCAGCUGUGAUGAUGGAGACAUUACGUUCUUCUGAAGCAUUUAUAUCUUCCUACAAGUCCACUGGUGUUAUAACCAGGAAGACCAUAAUUGACAUCUUCACCAUUGUGCGAACCUCAAAUUUCGCAUAGUGAAACUCCAUUUCUGAUAUGUCCGUAAGUCACUGUUGAAGUCGGUCAGCUCACAUUUGUAAACCAGAAACAUCAUUCUUAUCUCUUCCUUUCCACUUUACAGGUCACGUAGUCCAUCCUAAGUUAACCUUGCUGUCCCUCUGGCCUUUCUCACCAUUCUCUUUGAAACAUUCUAGUGCUUUCCAAUCAAUGAAUUGUUUUCAAACCAUCAAUCUUCUUUGUAUAUAUUUCUUUUUUCCUAUUAAUUUAAUCUCAACUGUCUGUAUUUCCAUUAUCUCACUAUAUAAACUGACAUAUACAGUUACAGUGUCAAUGAUUUCCAUGCUGUGAAGUCACAGUUUUCUUCCUUCAUCUGCUUCUUAGUCGUGUUAGUUUCUGUUUAGCAGUGGCAUAUUGCUUUGUUAUUAAAGCUUAAUUUAUUGGUUUGCUCACUCAGUUUUAUUUUUUAAUUAUAAUACUAUCAAUAACUCAGCUUAUAUAACAUAUUAGUGAUAGGAUGAUUCAUGAACAGUACACUGGAAAUGAUGCGGAAAUAAGCAACUGUGGCAUAAGUGAAGGUCCCAGACCAUUAUUUCUUUGAGGAAAUGAGGAAAACCAUGAACAAACUGAGUGAGGAUAACUAAUGCUGAACGUAUGAGGGAAUGUAGAAAUCGCAAGAAGCAAUUAUUGCAAGUUAAUGCUUCCACAUCAUUAGCAAGUAUACAAAAAAUGUCUUAAUCAAACUUUUCACUCAAUUGUAAAGCAUGUAUAAAGGGAAUAUUUAGAAUAAAGCUAAUAUAUAAACUUCCUUUCAUUGUAUUUAUUGCCUAAAUGUAAUUUAAAUACAAAGACGUAUUUACGUCACAUUCUCCGGAACCGUGGUUCCACUGUCAAUUUUUUUCUAACCUGUUACUUUAGGUUAGGGCAAAUCAAAACGUUUGUUCUGUAGUCGUCCGAAGCCUCAGCCGAUAAGGUUUUAUUUAUUUAUAUUAGUUUAAUGUAUCUAUUUAUAAGUUAGUUGAUCUAUUGGCGACAUGUUAUUGAAAACAUGCCCCUGUAGCAUGUCUGUUGGUGAAGACAAAAGAAGCUACAUUAACAGAAGGCCUCUUUUGUAUAACAUUUCGCUUAAGAGCUAAGCCCUAUUGUUAAAUCUUAAGGUAGGGCAAAGUCUAAUGGCACUACCUGUAAUAACGGGGUUGACCGAUGGCCUUUGAGACCCCUUUGUUACAAAAUUUAGGUGUGGGUCCCAAAAUUAGGGGAUCCAAUCAAAACCAAGGAUGUGCUGCAGGUACCCCUGGUUUUGGAGAGCCGAGGGUUUUUAGUCGUGUGUGCAGAUGCUUCUAGGCCUCUUCCCUUUUGGACAUCAAGUAAGUCGGUGGCAAACUGCCCAGCCACAAUUCGGCCUUUAUAAUGGAAAUUGUACCAAGUUCGAUAACUACCAAAAUUUAUAACAAAUUUGAUAAAAUAUAUUGGAACUGCAUACAUCGGCAGAGGCGAGGUGAAGAAGUGUACCUGUGUGAUUUAGUAAGUAAUAUAGACAGUGUGAACACUUGUGUACAAUUUAAUUUCAAUUUAUAACAAUAAAUCUGGGCUUGUUGAAAACCUA